CAUAAAAACUUAUUAAUUUUAAAUGCUUCUUUUAUUAUAAUAUUAAAAGAAGCAUUUGAAAUUAAUAUGUUUUUUGUGUAAGUGCCCUGAAACAUAUAGAUUCAUGUCUAGUCACUGGAGCAUUUUCCAUACGGCAUAUUUGCUAUCUAAUACUAUGCCAAACCACUUGGAGCGCGGCGAUCGAUAUUUGUUUCCUUCGUUUAACACGGAGCUUGCGCUUCUCUUAGUAUAUGUUCUGUGCGAGCAUCCUUCGCGUAUGUCCGCGCGUACACCUUAUGUGCUCCGCUCUCCGCGCAAUUCUUACCUAGCUUAUCGCGCUAAACGUCGCGUUUGCCCCGCAAAUUUGCCGAUAACGCGAACGCGACUGUGUGCAAUUUUAUUUAUAAUUGCGUGUUUCAACCGAUCCUCAAUUUUCUUAUCACGAAACCUGUUGCCCACUUUCUACGAUCGUAUAUGGAUAUAUACUGUAGACGAAACGUUAUUCGACUAAUUUAUAAAAAGAAAUAUAUAUAUAAUUCUAGUUCUCAAUUUAAUUCUUAAUUGAAGAGGAAUUCGGCAACUGAUUGAUCGCAAAUUGGAACAAAACAUUUUCAUUGGAGUACCAUUCAUUAUACAUACUGCUUUCACAUCUUUCUUAACUUUCUUCUGUCAAAUGUAAACAAAGGCCUGGGGUGCCUAAGUGCAACCUGUGCAACACGAGCCUUGUUAUGCAAAUAAUAUGAAAAACAUCUGUGAGGAUAAUCAGCUUCAGAGAGUACUUCUCUUCGAGCACUGUGCUACAUAUAUAUAAUAUAUUAUGGUUUACUGUGGAUAAAACAAAAUGGAUAUCACCCUGGAUGAUAAGCUGUCCGCGCUGCAGCAAAUCAGUCAGCAGAAGCUUGUAAAAAUACUGGAUACCAUUCCAGGAUCGAAGGAUCUGAUAAUAGAACAGAAACUGAUGAAAAUACUGGAUAGUUUCAUAGGAGUGACCGUAUUGAAGCGAUACGGAGUGGACAAGAUUUAUAAGAUGGAGGAGGGGCUGAAGCCGUCGAACAGUCAACGUAUAUUCUUAGUGUCUAACAGCUUGAUCGCCUGCAAGAGGGUCCUAGAUCAGAUACAGUCCGAGAUAUCCCUCAUUAGCGGACCUCACGUCGAAGUGUGCCAUCACCUGCUGGUCAUGCCGUUCGUUCCGCCUGUGUUAUACAAUCUAGUCGAGGAGGAAGGCUUGUCCGAGCUGAUUACGUUGCGGACGUUAUCGGCGGAGUUCGUGAGAUUAGACGGGAACGUUUUGUCCCUGGAAAAUCCAAUGUUCGUCGACCUGUACUACCACAAGGACACCAGUCCUCUGCGAGCGCUGGCGCGCAACAUGUGGUCGUUGCAGCUGAUACUCGGCUCGCCGAGGCUCUCGCUCUACCUCGGCAAGCACAGCCAGCAACUGAGCAAGCUGAUGGAGACCAUGGAGCAGAGUCUGGGCUCGUCCAGCCUGGAGAACGAGAUCGGCGCCCUGAUCGUGAUGGACAGGAGCUUCGAUCUGGCCGCGACCCUCCUGACGCCCGUCACGUACGCGGGCUUGUUGAACGAAGUCGUGGAGGUGAACGUCGGCACGGCGACGUUGGAGAAAUCGCAAACCAGACUGGAUCCGAAUAGGGAUCAGAUCUACGGGGAAGUGAGAGACACGCCCUGCAGUGACGUUUUCCCGAUUUUACACGGGAAGGCCAAGUCGCUUAAAUCCGAGCAGGAGGCGGUACAGACGAUGCAGCUGUCCGAGAUGGAGAGAUACGUGUCGACGAGAUUGCAAAAGACCAGCGACAUGACCCGGCAGCUGGCGUUUCACAUAUCCGCGUGCCAGACCAUCGCGGACACGUUGGGCUCCGAGUUCCAAGUCCUGCAGACGAUCGAGAAGCUGAUGAUCGACUGCAGGGACCGAAAGGAAUGCUUGGGCUACAUUGAGAGACAUAUAGACGAGCACGCGUUGCGAUGUUUGCGGCUCCUGUGCCUGCUGUCCAUCACCACCGACGGUGUCACGCAGAGCGAGCUUCAGAACAUCCAAAAGCUGCAUCUCCACAGCCACGGUUAUCAGCAUAUCCCGCUGUUCUACAAGCUGCACACGGCCGGCUUGCUGAAGUACAGGAACGAAUAUAUUUUGCACAAGCUGCCGAACUGGAGCAGCGAGUGGAGCGGCAACGCGCAAAAAUUGAAGAUGCUGCCCGGUUCUUCGAAACGGUCCGAUCAGAACGGCCGCACCUGUCCCAGCUACGUGUUCAACAACGCUUAUACACCCGCAAUAGCGCAAAUAUUAAACAUCGUGUCGAAUCAAGAGAAGGACCCUCGCAGCUUCGAGGAUCUGACGAAUCUAUCGAGCUGCGCCGUAAGUGGUCACCGAGGCGCGUUGUCGCCAAAACGGGUCGUGAUAUGCGUGAUAGGUGGCAUUACCUGCGCGGAAAUAGCGGCCUGCCGGCUCGUAGAGAAGUCUACAGGGAUACGUCUCGUUCUUACGUCCGACACUAUUCUAACGGGUAACAAACUCAUCCAGAGGAUACAAAAGAUAUGAAGACUCAUAUCUUACUCAGGAAUGUAAAAAUGUUUUUUUUUUCGUGCAAUAAAUACACAAAAGAUUAUA